AGAGGAGGAGGCCUGGGAGGGCAGGGAAGGACGAGACGGAGGCCCUGGGAAGGGAGGCCGUGGAGCGUGGGGGUGCGGGCAGUGGCGGGAAGCGGGUGGAGCUGCCCGGCUCGUCCGUGACCUCAGAGCCCCUGGCCCAGCUCCUCCCUGACGUCAGCCCUCCUCCGCCCCCGCCCGCGUCGGUCUUCAAAUGACCCGGGGGCUCCCCAGCUACAGCGAGACCCGGGAGGGAGCGAGCAGGAGAGAAGCGCCCGCGGGACCCACAGCGAUGACACAGCAGGAUGUGCCCAAGCCCACCCGGGCCGCCCGCCACUGCUCAGGCCUCGCCCGGCGGGUGCUGACUAUCACCUUCGCGCUGCUCAUCUUGGGCCUCAUGACCUGGGCCUACGCCGCCGGGGUGCCGCUGGCCUCUGAUCGCUACGGCCUCCUGGCCUUCGGUCUCUACGGGGCCUUCCUCUCCGCGCACCUGGUGGCGCAGAGCCUCUUCGCGUACCUGGAGCACCGGCGGGUGGCGUCGGCGGCGCGGCGGGCGGCGGCGCGGGGGCCCCUGGACGCAGCAGCGGCGCGCAGCGUGGCGCUGACCAUCUCGGCCUACCAGGAGGACCCGGCGUACCUGCGCCAGUGCCUGGCGUCCGCGCGCGCCCUGCAGUACCCGCGCGCGCGGCUGCGCGUCCUCAUGGUGGUGGACGGCAACCGCGCCGAGGACCUCUACAUGGUGGACAUGUUCCGCGAGGUCUUCGCCGACGAGGACCCCGCCACCUACGUAUGGGACGGCAACUACCACCAGCCCUGGGAACCAGCAGCGGCGGGCGCUGCAGGUGCGGGCGCCUACCGGGAGGUAGAGGCCGAGGACCCGGGGCGGCUGGCGGUGGAGGCGCUGGUGAGGACGCACAGGUGCGUGUGCGUGGCGCAGCGCUGGGGCGGCAAGCGCGAGGUCAUGUACACGGCCUUCAAGGCACUCGGCGACUCCGUGGACUACGUGCAGGUCUGUGACUCGGAUACAAGGCUGGACCCCAUGGCACUGCUGGAGCUGGUGCGGGUGCUGGAUGAAGACCCCCGGGUAGGGGCUGUUGGGGGGGACGUGCGGAUCCUUAACCCCCUGGACUCCUGGGUCAGCUUCCUAAGCAGCCUCCGGUACUGGGUGGCUUUCAAUGUGGAGCGGGCUUGUCAGAGCUACUUCCAUUGUGUGUCCUGCAUCAGCGGUCCCCUAGGCCUAUACAGGAACAACCUCCUGCAGCAGUUCCUUGAGGCCUGGUACAACCAGAAGUUCCUGGGCACUCACUGCACCUUCGGGGACGACCGGCACCUCACCAACCGCAUGCUCAGCAUGGGUUAUGCCACCAAGUACACUUCCCGCUCCCGCUGCUACUCCGAGACUCCCUCGUCCUUCCUGCGCUGGCUGAGCCAGCAGACGCGCUGGUCCAAGUCCUACUUCCGAGAAUGGCUCUACAACGCGCUCUGGUGGCACCGGCACCACGCCUGGAUGACCUACGAGGCGGUGGUCUCGGGCCUCUUCCCCUUCUUUGUGGCGGCCACCGUGCUGCGGCUCUUCUACGCGGGCCGCCCGUGGGCGUUGCUGUGGGUGCUGCUGUGCGUGCAGGGCGUGGCGCUGGCCAAGGCGGCCUUCGCGGCCUGGCUGCGGGGCUGCCCGCGCAUGGUGCUGCUCUCGCUCUACGCGCCGCUCUACAUGGGCGGCCUCCUGCCCGCCAAGUUCCUGGCGCUGGCCACCAUGAACCAGAGCGGCUGGGGCACUUCCGGGCGGCGCAAGCUGGCCGCCAACUACGUCCCCCUGCUGCCGCUGGCCCUCUGGGCCCUGCUGCUGCUCGGGGGCCUGGUCCGCAGCGUGGUACACGAGGCCCGGGCCGACUGGAGCGGCCCUUCCCGCGUGGCCGAGGCGUACCACCUGGCAGCAGGGGCCGGCGCCUAUGUGGGGUACUGGGCGGUCAUGCUGACGCUCUACUGGGUGGGCGUGCGGAGGCUGUGCCGGCGGCGGUCGGGGGGCUACCGGAUCCAGGUGUGAGUCCAGGGGUGCGGGCUGCUCACCCGAGGGACUUCAAGGGAAGCGAGAGGACACCAGCAGGGGCCCCAGGGAGCCACGAACUUGCUGGGUGAUUCUCUGGGCCUCGGUUUCCCUCCUCUGUGAAGUGAGGGGGUCAACCCGAUUCUUCAGCCUGGACUGUUUUGGGGCUGGGACUUCAGGGUCUCUGGGGAGGGGUAUUUAUUGAUCAGGGCGUGGAUUUUUAGGAGUGGGAGGACAAGAGUCCCCACACGCUGUCCUGGGGCCUCCUUCCUCCCGGUUGUUAUUUAAUAUCCAUUUGUACUGUGUGAUUAGGAUGUAAUAAAGAAUUUUAUUUAUUUUCUUCUGGGUCUCCACCCACUUUUUUUUUUUUUUUUGAGAACUGAAGGGCUAUAGUGUUGAAGGCUGGGGACUCGUGGCUCUGUCUCGGGGGCAAGCUGUCUGAAUGGAGACAGGCUCCUUCUUCAGGAAACUGGGCUAAUAAUUCCAUGGGUCAGAGCUGUGAGGGCGAAAUUUCUCAUCUUUUCGUCACAGGUACUUAUGGAGUGCCUGCUAUGCGGGAACACAGGUGACACAGAGGACAUUUUCCUGGUCUGUCCACUUGGCUACUCUCUAAGAAAGGUUAAAUCAUACAUUGUCUCCUCAAACCCCUAGCACCUCACCCUUACCUUGCUUCCCAUCUCACUGAUCCUCCCAGUGAUCUGCGUCUGUGCCCACACAAGCCACCUACUCCCACUCCUGAGGGCCAGCUGUCUGCUUCAAUGCCAACCCCUUCUACCGGGGCACUGGACCUCAUGCCCUGGGGUCCACGCAAAGAUCUCACGCCUUCCGUUCUUCCCAUGUCAUCAGUUCUUCCCUCCCCACAAGUCUUUCCCAGCAGCAUUCAAAUGUGCUGUCACUCUGAUUUUUAAAUACAUUUAAAAAAUGUGUUUAUUUAUUUGGUAGGGUGAGCGGUGAGGGAGCACAAGCAUUGGGAGUGACAGAGGGGGAAGCAGGCUUCCCCCUGAGCAGGGAGCCCAUUGUGGGGCUCGAUCCCAGGACCCCAAGAUCAUGACCUGAGCUGAAGGCAGAUGCUUUACCGACUGAGCCACCCAGGUGCCCCCCACUCUCUGAUUUUUAAGAUUCCCUGUCUUGACCUAUUUCCUCCUAAGCUACAGUCUCAUUUUGUAAAGAUAAUCUCUACCCGCAAUGGGGCUCAAACCCACAACCCUGAGAUCAAGAUCUUUUGCAUACUCUACUGACUGAGCCAGUCGGUCGCCCCAUACCAUCUCAUUUCUAACAGCAAAACUCCUUGAGAGCUGUUUACAUUUGUCUCCAAUUUCUCUCCCACAAAGUUCAGCCAUGUCAAGUGUGUAAUUCAGUGGUUUUUAGUAAGUUUAUAGACUUGUGCAAUCAUUACUGUAAUCUCAUUUUAGAACAUUUUCGUCACCCAAAAAAGAACCCCAUACCCACAGGCAGUCCCUUGCAUUCCUCGCCCUGAAACCACGAUGCCCUAGACACCCAUAAUCUACUCUGUCUCUACAGAUUUGCAUGUAUCAUUGGCUCAUUCCUUUUUAUUGCCAAAUAAUAUUCCACCACAGGGAUGUGUCACAUUUGGUUUACCCACUUAUCAGUUGACUGACAUUUGGGAUGUUUCUGGUUUGGGGCCAUUGUGAAUAAUGCUGUGAACAUUCACAUACAAAUUUUUGUGUGAACACCGGUUAAGUUCUCCCCAGGGGGAUUCUCAAGGAGUGGAGUUGCUGAGUCAUGUGGAGAACCUGUUUAAUUUAUUGAAGUGCCAGAUGGCUUCCACAGUGCCUGUACCAUUUUAUAUUCUCACCAGCAAAGGAGGAGGGUUCCAAUUUCCCUACCUCCACACCAACAUUUGUUAUCAUUUUUAAAUCUAAAAAAAGAUUUAUUUGAGAGAGCUGAAUGGGGUGAGGGGUAGAGGGAGAGGGAGAAGCAAACCCUCCGCUAAGCAGGAAGCCUGAUGUGGGGCUUGAUCCAAGGACCCUGGGACGCUGACCUGAGGCUAAGACAGACAGAGCCACCCAGGCACCCCUCACCUGACUUUUUGAUUAUAGCCUCCCAGAUGGUGUGAAAUGGUAUCCCACUGUGGUUUUGUUUUGCAUUUCCCUGAUGACAAGUGUGGCCUCCCACUGACUUUUAAACCCAUGCCAAUCAGAUGACUCCCCUACCACUGCUCUAUGGAAAUGGUUCUGGUCAAGUUCAUCAGUGAUGUCCCUGUUGCUAAAACCAGUAGUCAAUUCUCAGGCCUUGUCUUUCACCAUGUGGCAGCAUCUGACCCAGCUGAUCCCUCUCCCCAUGAAAUGCUGUCUUCACUUGGCUUUGAGAAUGCUGCAGCUAGCUGCCUGGCUUUCCCCCUGUUUUCCUUCUCAGUUCCUCUUUAUAGUUUGGACUGCUUAACUUUGGAGAAACCUCCUCCUACACACUUCUCUUAUCCAUCUACACUCAUUUCCUCUGUGUAACCAGUGGCAUGGCUCUGGAUACCUCACUCACGCUCCAUGCCUGGGAAGGGGGCUCUGCCGCUUGUAUCUUCAGAUCAGACAUCACCCCUAAAUUCCAGACUCAUCUACCCAACUGCCUCCAAGACACUUCCACUUGGGAUACCUCCCUUACCUCCCUUACCAGACCCAAUCCCUCAUCUGUCCUCCUCAUUCCCCAUGAAACCUGCUCUUCCGACAGCAGUAAACGGAAUUCUGACACUCCAGCUGCUCAGGCCAAAAAAAUGCUAGAACCACACUGUGCUCAACAGUGGCCCCUACCACACAGGAUUGGUUUGGUUUUUUUUUCAUUCACUCAUUCUUUGAUGAUAUCAAUUAGUCCCCAAAUCAUUGACCAAGUAUGUACUGAAUUCCAUGUUUUGCCAGGUUUGCAAAUAUAGAAAUGAAUAAGAGGCAGUCCCUGCCUUCCAGCAGCCCCUAGUCAAGUAAACAAAGAGGGUUCCAGAGUUAUAACCAGGAUGCCCAGACACUUAUGACUUUUAUUUUCAUAGAUGAAGGAAAAUUUAAAUUAUUAAAGCUAUAAAAGAUUAUAAAUUUAGCUCCUCAGGGGUGCCUGGGGGGGCUCAGUCAGUUAGCAUCUGCCUUUGGCUCAGGUCAUGAUCCUGGACUCCUGGGAUGGAGUCCCAGAUCCAGCUCCCUGCUCAGUGGGGAGCCUGUUUCUCCCUCUGCCUCUGCUCCUCUCCUUCUAAAAUAAAUAAAAUCGUCAAAAAAAAAAAAAAUUUAGCUCCUCAGUGUCACUGGCCACAUUUGACUUGCCUCAUGGCCAUGGGUGGCUGGAGGCCACCACAAUGGACAGUGCAGAUCUAGAAUAUUCCUGUCCUGGCAGAGGGUUCUACAGACAUUGGCACUGCCAUGCCUGUUGACACAUGCCCCUUCUCCUUUCUUCCCCUCAUACCCAAUACUCUGAUUCAUCAGCAAACCCCACUGGUUCUACCUUCAGGACAGAUCUAGAAUCACUGCUCCUUACUGUCACCACUUUGUCCCCGAGCUGCAUCUCCUUCCUGGAUUAAAGCUGUCUGGAUUACCACAGCACCUAACACUGGUUCCCGCUUCCACCCCUGCCGCUAGAGUUUAUCCAUGCAUUAGCCAUGCAAAUCAAAUCAAAUCAUGACCUUCCUCACCUCAAAAACUGUCCAUAACUCUCAUCUCAGAGGAAAAGCCAAACCUCACACUGGCCAAGGUCCUGCGUGAUCUGGUCCUCUCACAUUCUCUCUGCACACUCAUUUCCUAAAGUCUUCCUCCAGAUGGCUCCCCACAGCCAUGUCCCCAACACUAGGCACAUUCAGGGGCUUCUGCCCCUGCUAGUUUCUGACUUGAUCCAUGUCUUACUGUGCUUAAUUUUCUUGUUUAUUAUCUGACCAUCCAUUACAAUCUAAACUCCAUGGGGCGCCGGGUGGCUCAGUCAGCUAAUCAUCUGAUUCUUGAUUUCAGAUCAGGUCAUGAUCUCAGGGUUGUGAGAUCGAGCCCCAUGUUGAGUCCCACGUCAAGUUCAAUAAGGACUCCAUUUCUGCAAGUUGAAAUGUCAAAGAGACCGCCAGAAAUCUGGGGAGGGGUCUGGGCUUGUAUCUGAAGUCCUCAACACAGGACCUUGUACUGACAACUCUACAUAUUACUGUCAUUAGAGGAAUAGUCACCUGGGCAUAAAUGAGGUAUGCUGGCUUCCUCCUACCUUCGUUAGUAGUGACCACCGGCAAAGAUGAAAGAAUUGGGGCGCCUGGGUGGCUCAGUGGGUUAAGCCGCUGCCUUCGGCUCAGGUCCUGAUCUCAGGGUCCUGGGAUCGAGUCCCCCAUCCGGCUCUCUGCUCAGCAGGGAGCCUGCUUCUCUCUCUCUCUCUCUCUGCCAGCCUCUCUACCUACCUGUGAUCUCUCUGUCAAAUAAAUAAGCAAAAUCUUAAAAAAAAAAAAAAAAGAUGAAAGAAUCUACAGAGCUGAAAUAUAUUCUUUAUUUUAGGAAUGAAAACAGGAUAAGGAAGAAAAAGAUACCUUUGUUAGCUGCCCUGGAAGUACCAUCGAAAGAACAUCCUGGGGAAACAAGGAGUGAUUUGUGUUGGGGGGAAAGGUUGGGGAUUAGAUAUCCGGGUUCUGGAAGCCUGGGUUCCAAAGGUAGAUAAGGCCUGUACUCUUAGAUCUGAGGGAAGAGGGCCUGGAGUUUUGGACUCCUGAAACUGGAGGAGGAGGGGACUGGGAGCCUGGACUCCUGGGUCUGAGGCGUCUAGACUCCUAGGUCUGAGGGAGGUGGCGGCUGGGGGCCUGGGAUCCUGGGUCUGAGGGAGGAGGGAGGUGGAAGUCUAGACUCCUGAGUCUGAGGGAGGGGGUGGUUGGGGGCCUGGACUCCUGGUCUGAAAGUGGAGGGAGGUGGGCGCCUGGAGUCCUGGGUCUGAGGGUGCUGGACACCAGGUCUGAGGAAGGAGAACGGGUGCUGCUAGGACUCCAGGGUCCUGGGAACUCACCACACCAUAAGGGUCGUACCGGCUGACGCUAAGGCCACGACAGCCGCGAGCAGGCACUGGUUGCUCAGCGUCAGAGCCUCGGGCUUGGCCAGCAGCUCUCCCAGGCUUGGCCUCCAAGGUUUGAUCAGGUCUGCCUCCCGGGGCGCCCAACGCAACACUUCCCGAAAGGAGACCUGGAGCUCGGUCUCCCCACGUGGGGGCGCACCAGUCACUGCGGGGCACGCACAUCAGUCAGGCGCGAGCUCCGCCUCCCGCGCAGCCCCGCCCCCCCAUGCAGCCCCACCCGCACCGUUAAGAAAGAAGUAGAGCCGAGCCAGCGGGAUCUGGUCGUGCACGAUCACGCAAGAGAAUGUCCCACGGUGCGCGGGCUGCACCGGCCGGAUCCGCGCCAGGUAUCCCCGGGCCCACGGGAGGUCUUGGAAAUAGGACACGUCCUGCGUCCGGACCUGAGGGGCGCUCGGGCUGAAGCGGCGGGAGGAGAGGAGCCUCGCCCGAGCCCAGGCCCCGCCCCUCACCUGGGCAGUCCAGCGGGAGGUCGCAGACUGUGGAGUAGCACCCGCGGCAGCGGAAACGCCGGGCGACCUCCUGGAGUCCUGCAGGACGGAAACGCUUCAACUGGGCUCCAUCCGCGUCCCCCAGCCCGGGUCCCCCUGGCCAGGGUUCUUAUUGGUCUCCUGUUCUAAAUGCGAGGUUUGGCUCCCGACCACCUCCCUUCCCCCUCAAUUCGAAGUUCGGGAUGAAGAGCUUACCGCAGGGAGGAAUGCAGGCCUGAACUGUGGAGAGAGAGGAAGCGUUACUAUCCUGGAAGGCCUGGAGGUGCUCACCUGAAGCUCCCCCAGAGGACAGAGAGAGAUCACAAAUAGGCAGAGAGAGGGGAGGAAGCAGGCUCCCUGAGGAGCAGGGAGCCGGACGUGGGGCUCAAUCCCAGGACCCUGGGAUCACGACCUGAGCCGAAGGCAGAGGCUUUAACCAACUGAGCCACCCAGACACCCCUGAUGGAACCCCUCUUUUGCAUCCUCUGUGUUGACCUUGUUGAGUUCUGCUAGGCCCUAUAAGAUCUGGCCUAGUUUCCUCCACCUUUCUAUUCCAUGCCUGUUACCAACCUUUCAUUUCCCCUAGUAUGAACACCACCAUAAUCUCUAUCACCUCAGGGCCUUUGCAUGUGCUAAUGUGUUCCUAGCACAUCUUUCCCGCUACUCCCACUCAUCCUUCAUCUCCUACCUCAUGUCAUCCUCUUCGAGGUUUUCCCUGACCACACAUCUAAUCUAAUCCAGCUCCCUAUUUUUGCCUCUCCAGGUAUUCCAUUUGCUCCAUGUAGAGUUCUCACCAGUGUACAAUUAUAUAUAUUUAUAUAUACAAUGAUCAUUUAAGUCUGUGUCUUCAGUUAGGAAACAGGUCAUUCUUUAGUGCUAUAUCUCCAGAACCCAGGAGAAGGACCUGAGUCUUAGCAAGCGCUCAGGAAGUAUGUGUAGAAUGAAUUCCAGGAUCUAGCUGGAGUGGAGACCACAACUGGUGGCCUGUGGCUCUAGUCCAUCUCUUGAAUGUGUUAUAUUUGGACUGGAAAGUAUUUUUAAAAAUGAACCAGUUGCCAUCGUAUAAAAUUUGGGAAAGUCACAUAAAAUGUUUGGCAUCUCUUUUCCAAAAUUUGGAAGAGCUCUAACACAAGAGACUGUAUUUUCAUGAGGCAGCAAUUAGCUUGGUGGCAGCCACCCCCUUUCGCCAGGGCCCACACCUGCCACUUCAUAUGGUCUCCAGAUUAUUCAUUUCUAGCCCCUUUGACUCUUUUUAUCUCUGUUCUCAAGGGUGUUGGAGUUUUGACCAUUGUACUGGCCUCCAAACUGUGAGGUUUGGGGUUCUUCCCAAUGCGGAUGGCUGGCUGGAUUGAUUUACUGGUGAAGGUGGUUUGGGAAUUUAGAAAUCCAGCAGAUGUGGGGCGCCCCAAUGGCUCGGUUGCUUAAGUGUCUGACUCUUGAUUUCUGCUCAGGUCAUGAUCUCAGGGUUGUGAGAUCAAACCCUGCGCUGGGUUCUGCACUCAACACAGAUUCUGCUUGGGAUUCUCUCUCUCCCUUGGCCCCUUCCGGUGCUCUCUGUCUGAACUGUGUCCCUCCCAAACUCAUAAUGUUGAAGCCCUAACCCCCAGGACCUCAGAAUGUGACUGUACUUGGAUAUACAGCCUUAAAGAGGUAAUUAAGUUAUAAUUAGGCCAUUAGGGUGGGCCCUGAUCCAGUGUGACUGAUUGCCCUAUAAGAGGAGAUCUGGACACUGACUCACUGAGGGGAGAACAUGUGAAGACACAGGAGAGAGAGAAGAUGGACAUCUACAAGCCAGAGAGAAAGGCCUGAGAAGGAACCAACCCUGCUUCAUCUUGGACUUCUAGCCUUCAGAAUUGUGAACAAAUACAUUUCUAUCUUUUAAGCAA